UAACAAAAACUUCGAAAAAAAUAUCACGUAUUAUCGAACCACUAUAAAAUUGAUACCAUUCGAAUUUCAAUUAAUUUUCCAACAUCAAAUUUAACAUAAAAAUCUUGAGAUUAAAACCCAAAAUCCUAACCUAUAUACUCAUUAUUAUUGCGUAUAAAAUUAAUUUUAAUAAUAAUUAUAAUUUUUUUUUAAAUAAUUAAUUGGCAUGUUAGCAGUAAUUCAUUUUGGAUAUCAAAUCAAAAACCCUAAAAUAAUCAUAAUUUAAGGUUUUAGGAAAAUUGGGGGAAGAUGACAAGGAAAACAUCAACUUGUGCAAUUUGUGAGAAUUCAAAUCUUGCUUCUAUCUGUACUGUUUGUGUCAAUUACAGGUUAAAUUCAUAUGGGACCAAUUUGACGUCGUUAAAGAGUCGUCGAGAUUCUCUAUACUCGAAGUUGAGUGAUGUGCUUGUUGCUAAGAGCAAGGCAGAUGAUCAACUCAGUUGGAGAGUCCUUCAACAUGAGAAACUUGCAGCAUUGAGAGAGAAACUCCAUUUUCGUAAAGAACAACUUUCAAAAGAUAAAGCCAAAGUUGAAAAGAUUUCUUCUGACUUGAAACUUAGAUAUGAAUCGCUUGAAUCAGCCAUGAAUGUGCUUGAGAAAAAUCGCAAAGAACAAUUGGAGAAGUAUUAUCCUAAUCUUAUAACCACUCAAAGCCUCGGGCAUACGGCAAUUACCUCAGAACGUCUUCAUAAGCAAUCUGUUGUGAUCAAACAGAUAUGCAAAUUGUUUCCACAACGGAAGGUGAUCAUAGAUGGAGAUAGGAAAGAUGUGUUAAGUGGACAAUAUGAUCAAAUUUGUAAUGCACUAUUACCAAGAGGACUUGAUCCCCACUCAGUUCCCUCUGACGAGCUUGCUGCUUCUUUGGGGUAUAUGGUGCAGCUUCUUAAUCUCAUUGUUCACAAUGUCGGUGCUCCUGCGCUUCAUAACUCUGGAUUUGCGGGUUCAUCUUCCCGGAUAUGGCAACGUGAUUCUUACUGGGGUGCACGCCCAUCCUCGAGAAGCAAUGAAUAUCCUCUUUUUAUACCCCGCCAAAAUUUUUGCACCACGGGAGUGGAAACUUCAUGGUCAGAUAGAAGCUCAAGUAAUUUUGGUAUUGCUUCAAUGGAAUCUGAGAGGAAAGCUCGAUUAGAUUCUUCUUCAAGUAGCGGUAGCCUCAACUAUAGAUCGGCUUCCCCUCACUCUAUUGAGACGCACAUGGAUUUGCAGAAAGGAAUUUCACUUCUCAAGAAAAGUGUCGCUAAUGUAACAGCCUAUUGUUACAACUCCUUAUGCCUAGAAGUUCCUCCUGAGGCAUCUACCUUCGAAGCAUUUUCAAAAUUGCUGGGAAUGCUUUCAUCUUCUAAGGAAGUUAGAGCUGCCAUUUCUUUGAAAAUGGCUUGUUCAAGAUCAUCGAAACAAGUUCAACAGCUAAACUAUUCUGUAUGGAACGUAAACUCAGCUAUUUCCUCGAGUACUUUACUAGAAAGUACACAUACCUCUGCUUCAAUGAGAAACACGGGGGACAAAGUUCUUUCAAGCUCUGCCUAUGCCACUGAUAUUACCAACCACGGGAAGUCAGAAACACUUACUGAUGGUUGGGAUCUUGUGGAACAUCCUACAUUGCCGCCUCCACCUUCACAAACCGAGGAUGUGGAACAUUGGACUCGAGCCAUGUUUAUUGAUGCCACAAAAAAGAAAUAUGGUUCUUCAAAGUGAGUUGCCGAAUUGCAUUAAGGUGCUUUGUUUAAAUGCUGGCGGACGAUGCACGUACAAAAAAUUGUAAAUAGAGAAAAGAGGCAUGUAAAUAGAUAUGAUCAGAAGUUUGUAUAUAUGGAAUUCUUUUCUUUAUAGUUCGCCUUUCACUUUACUAGCAGAUAGUAGCUAGUUACUGACAUGUAUAUUAUAUCAUCUUGCUCACAUGAUACAACAAAACAGUGACACUUGUUUAAAGCCA